CGCCGCUAAGUUUGGACGCGUUUGCUCCGGUCUUGUGGCUUGCAAAUUACGCGCCGUUGUUCGUUUUUUUUUUGAUAAUAAUAACUACGCGAGAAGAGUGCAACACAGUGGAUUAACCGAAAUUAAUGUCAAUUCGCGUAAUCGGCGGCAAUGCAGACGCCGCAUAAACCAAAACAAAGCAUUCCGUGAAAUUUAGAAAAUUCAAAAAAACAAAAGCAAACUAUGUGUGUCGCAUGGCGAAAACAAUAACAAUAACAAUAUCAAAAUCAAAAACAAAUGCAAAACUUAAACCUAGUGGCUAAUGACACAUUCCGCAAACACGACACGUAAUCUAGCGACAAUAACAAUAACAACAACAAAAACUACAACUACUCAUUGAGAUCUAUUCCAAAUUUAUUGAUAUUAACUGUGUACAACAAAAGUGGCAUUAAAAAGCAAUAAAACAUUUUUGCAAAUAACCUCAAAGCAUAAGUGAAAAUCAUCCUAAAAUGGAUUCAACGCGCAACCUUCUAUCCAAACAGUCCAAGGAUGUGGAAUUCCAGGACGUUUUCUACACAGUCGAUCAACGCAAUAAUUUCUUUCGCUUAACCGGACAGCGGCAAAUUUUGAAAGGCGUGAGCGGAAGUUUUCGCAAUGGACAACUGUCUGCCAUUAUGGGCCCCUCGGGGGCCGGAAAAAGCAGUUUACUGAACGCAAUUUCGGGUUUCAGAAAAAGUGGCGUAACAGGCAACAUAAGAAUGAAACGGGACAAUGCCUGUUAUAUUACACAGGACGAUCAUCAUCAGACACUGCUUACUGUCGAAGAGCUGAUAAAUCUUUCGUACGAUCUGAAACUCAAGCAGAACCAUAAAAAGGAAGAGCAAAUUACGGAAAUACUCACGAAUCUCAAUCUCAAUCAUCGACGCAACGUCACCGCCGAAAAACUGAGUGGCGGUGAACGCAAACGUCUCUCGAUUGCCCUCGAACUCGUCGACAAUCCGAAUAUCUUUUUUCUCGACGAACCGACCAGCGGCCUGGACGAGGUGACAGCCGCCCAGUGCAUCCGCCUGCUCCAACAAAUGGCUCGUGAGGGUCGCACGAUAGUCUGCACCAUCCAUCAGCCCUCGGCCACCAUCUAUAAUUACUUCGAUAGCAUCUAUGUGCUGGCCAAGGGUCAAUGUGUCUUCCAGGGCUGCCCUCAAGCGACGAUACCCUUCCUACGCCUUGCCCAGCUGGAUUGUCCACGACACUACAGCCCUUCAGACUAUAUUAUCGAAGUCAUCGAUGCCGAAGAGGGGCAACUCGUGCCGCUGCUUAGCGAGCUAACGGACAAUGGCAAAUUGACUUACAUUGGCAGACAGGUGGAACCGCUGGAUACCCAGUUGCUGCCACAGCAGGCGAUAACCACACUCUUCGUGGAGCAGCCGAAGCGACAAUUCUUGCCCACUUUCUUUGCCGGCAGCGCCGCCUCCACCGACGGCAGUUUGAUGGGCGCAGCUGGUGCUUUGCUGGGGCAGGUGAAGGCGUUCUCAAAACAUCUGCAUCAGGAUCGCCGAAAGAUAUCCGGAUUGCAGCAGUUUAUUGUGCUGAUGCGUGUCAUGCUGUUGCGAACGAUGCGUGCGCGCAUCGCAUUGCUCAUUCAGCUGGUGCAUCAUACGCUCUGUGGGCUCUUCUUUGGCCUGAUCUUCUUCCAGCUGGGCAAUCAGGGUGCACGCAUGUUCGAUCAUCUGAAGUUCUGCAUUGGCGCUGUGCUCAUGAUUGUCUACACGCAAGUGAUGGUGCCCAUUUUAAGCUAUCCCGCUGAUGUCAAGGUGGUGAAGAAGGAGACCUUCAAUCGCUGGUACUCACUGAUGCCUUACUAUCUGGCGUUGACCAUAUCGCGACUGCCACUUCAGGUGCUACUCAAUGUCACGUUCAUGGCUAUGACUUAUUGGAUGUCCGGACUACCUGAACAGCUGUGGCGCUUCUGUAUUUUCGUCGCCGUCGGUCUGAUGAUCUCGCUCGUUGCCGAGGGCAUGGGCCUGGCCAUUGGCGCCACCUUCAGUAUAACAAACGGCAGCGUCGUUGGUCCACUGAUCAUAGCACCACUUAUGGGACUGGCUGUCUAUGGCUUUGAUUUUGCGCCACAGAUAACAUGGGGCAUGAAUGUGCUGAUGAAGUUCAGUUAUGUGCGUGUCGGUGUCGUCGCCUUGGUGCUGGCUGUCUUCGGCUUUCAACGCGAAGAACUCGACUGCGAUGAGAUCUAUUGCCACUUCAGUGAUCCGCGAGUGCUGCUCAAGUUCCUCGAUGUCGACAAGGUCUCGAUACUGGAUCAGUUCGGACUGCUGGCCAUGCUGAUGGUCUUCUUCCGCGUCAUCAUGUACAUCAGUCUGCGCAAGCGCUGUUACACCUGAUGAGCUCUGACAUCCGAGUACUCGUAUAUGUGUACCAUUUAUAAUUUGUAGUUAUAGCAAAAGUCUAUGCUGUGAUUUUGGUUUUACAUGCCUAUAAAUCUAGUAAUAGGAAUUACUUAUCGAUGUAUAUACAUACCAAUAAUACUAACAAUGGAUACGAAUCGCGUAUGUGUUUUGUACGCUCUUCACCCAGAUCAUUCAAAUAACUUGGUGCUUAGAUAACUUUACUCUAGAUUCUUAAGAUGUAGUUAGCAUACGACACACAGGUUUAGACAUCGUUGAUGCCUUAUUAUAUAAGCAUUAUUAGUCAUAAGUCCUCUGGUAAUAGUGUCAAAAUCAAUCUAUACUUAAGACAAAAUACAUUUUUAUAUUUUCACGUUGAA